AUGGCGGAUGUAGACCAGAAUGGAGGAGCAGACCAGCCCCAUGAGCUGACUUUGAGGGAGAUGAUGUACCCCAACAACAUGAGCCUGAGGCCUCUGGGCAUCACUUUGCCCACGAUCACUGACAAUUGGGAGUUGAGUUCCUUGAGAGAUACUUCCCUGCAUCACGAGGUUGAAGAUGUUGAAUUUGAAUUUGUCCAUGAGGUUGAAGAUGUGGCGAAUGAAUUUGUUACUUCAACUGCUAUAGAGUUGGAGGAGAAAUUAGCACCUAGAUGUUUAGUUGAUGGGGUCGAUCAAGCAUUUUUGUUGUAUUGUGCCUAUGCAAAACACACUGUAUUCAGCGUAAGGAAAGGGAACCAAGAGCGUUUCGGGCAGACAAAAGUGGUACUUAUAAAGACAUUUGUAUGUUCUUAUUGCGGUUUGACUCCUACUGCUCAUAUUAAUGGGCGAUUGGCAGUAUAUAAGAAAUAUAGCACUAGGUGCAAUUGUGAAGCUCUUUUGAGGGUUGCCCGUGUUAAAGGAUGGCCGUGGAAGAAGUCUAUGUUGGAGGCUUUGAAUUCUACUGGCAUACCAAUAAGUCGUGCCUGUCGUUUCAUGGAAAAUGAAGCUGGUGGCCCUGAAAAUGUCGGAUUUAUUCGUAGAGAUGUCUACCAUCAUAUGGACAAUGUUAGAAGAAAGUCAAAGAUGGCGGAUGGAGAUUCCACAGCUCUUAUGCAAUACUUUGUAGACAAGUCGAACAAAGAGACUUUUUUCUACUGGAAUAUGCAAAAGGAUGAUGAGGGCCGACUUAUGAAUUUCUUCUACCGUGAUUCUCGUAGUGCCCUUGAUUACGAGUAUUUUGGUGAUGUGCUAUUUGUUGGCAUAACCUACAAGAUGAACAAAUUAAUAUGA